AUGGCGAACCUGUCGGUGCACCUGGACAUGCUCCUGUUGGAGGGCGUGCCCGUGUCCCCUGGCUCCGCCCCCCUGGCCUUCGCGCUCCUUCUUGUGAUGUACGUGUUCAUCGUUGUGUCGCACGUGGGCCUGGUGCUGCUCAUCUGCGUGGAGCGCUCCCUCAGGACGCCCAUGUACCUGCUCUUCUGCAACAUGAGCCUCAACGACGUGUUUGGGGCUUCGGUGGUCAUCCCCAGAUUGCUGCAGGACCUACUAACGCCCAGCGGGACCAGACACAUCUCGUACAGCCUGUGUGUGCUCCAGGCAUUCUGCGCUCACUUCCACGCCAGUGUGGUCCACACAGUUCUGAUGGCGAUGGCGUUGGACCGUUACGUGGCGAUCGUGAAGCCGCUGAGGUACUCCCUGAUCAUGACGCACCGCGCUGUGCUGUACCUGUCGCUUUCCCUGUGGGGCGUCUGCUUCGUCAUGGUCCUGAUUCUGAUCCUGCUGUCGGUGCGGCUGUCGCGUUGCCGUAAUUACGUGUCGCACCCAUUCUGCGAUAAUGCGUCACUCUUCAAACUGUCGUGCGAGUCCGUCCUGAUCAAUAACGUGUACGGGCUGUUCUACACGGUGGUCCUGCUGGGCUCGUCGAUAGGGAGCGUGGCGGUGACGUACAUGCGGAUCGCCGUGGUCUGCAUGACGCGCCGCAGCGGCUCGCUCAACCGCCGCGCGCUGCAGACCUGCGCCUCUCACCUGGCGUCCUACCUGCUCCUGCUCGUGUCCGGCAGCAUCCUCAUCAUCCUCCACCGCUUCCCCUCCCUCGACCAGCACAGAAAAAUGGCGUCCAUCUUGUUCCACGUGGUUCCUCCGGCACUAAACACUGUGAUCUACGGUCUGCAGAUCCGAGAGGUGAGAGACCGGAUCAGCCGGAUUUGGACUCGGACACAUCAAGGCACAUCAAGGCGUCAGCUGAUUCCUGUCUACACUAAAACCACUCGCUCUGAGACUCUUAAGUACUUCAGUUCAGCAUUCAACACCAUAAUACCACAACAACUCAUCUGCAAACUCCACAAGCUGGGUCUCAGCACCUCCCUUUUCAACUGGCUGCUGGACUUCCUGAGCCAGAGACUGCAAGCAGAACAUGUUGGCAAAAACACCUCAAACACCAUCAGCGACGAGACUCUCUACAGGAAAGAGGAUGACCUUCUGACCACGUGGUGCAGAGACAAUAACCUCCAGCUGAAUGUCAGCAAGAUUAAGGAGAUUGUUGUCGACUUCCAGAGAGGCCACACCCAACACCAGACCCUGACCAUCAACGGUGCUGUUGUGGAGAGAGUGAGCAGCACUACAUUCCUGGGGGUGCACAUCAGUGAGGACUCCUGGACCACAGCACUGGUGAAGAAAGCCCAACAGCGCCUCUACUACCUGCAAAAACUCAAGCGGACAAGAGCCUCACCACCGUCAUGA